GUGACGUUUCUGUAGAUUGGAAAAUGCUACAGAUUAUGCGUGUAAAUGAUUUCUCGUCUUUUCUCACGCUUUAAUGCGGUAAAAAACUGUCCAUAGGACAGCGGCGGGGGCGCGGAUGUAUGAGAGCGAAGUGCGGCGGGAGAAGCGUCACGCGGGGAACCGCUAAAAACAUUAGCAUGGCGCUAAUACGUCCAGCUAUAACGAAGACAAUCACGCACACACAAAGGGACAGUCGCGUAGGACGUAGGGAGGAGGCAAGGGGACAAAAAAUGGACGGAUAGACGCAGGACGCUUCGGACUUACCGGCAGGUGACCUGCUUGGUGCUCAUCUUGCCCGCGAAUGUUUGCAGAGGCUAGCGAGGCGGAGCGAGCUAGCUAGCUAGCUGCCUGCUACUUGUGUGCCUGUUUGACUGACGGACGGACGAACGGCGGCGUUCCAAGUAAACACGUCCGGGUAGCAACGACGUCUCGCCACGUAAAAAAAUCUUCCCACCCUCCGUUUUCACGUCCUGUAGUUUAACUGUAGUAAAACAAGUCAUUUUGAGGUUAACACCUUUGAUUUGUAGAACAGAUGAAAGAAUGGGCCUGGUCAUUUGUCCAAGUGCCGUACAGGUUUGGAAAUCGAAAAAAAGCAUACAUUUUAUUUGGAUUAUUUACAGAGGUGGUCAAGUGGCUAAUAACGCAUUACCUUUACUCCAUUACCCUCACUUGAGUGACAUUCGGAGAAAAAUGUACUUAUAAGAGUCGUUUUUGUCACGCCAUACUUUAAAUACAUUUACUUGAGUAGAUGUUGAAGAAAUGCUUACUCCGCUACUUUGGCCAACACUGUCUUACUUUAUUAUAUAUACAUAUAAAUGUAUAUUGCGGAAACACAGACAAGGGUGAAAACGCAGUUUCUGCUCUUGCACCCCUCUUUAAAAUAAACGGCUGUAUUUUGAGCCAAAAGAACUGUUGUGUUUGAUAGAACAAUAUGUCUAUAUGCUGCAGUAGCAGAUUCGUGGCACAUUAAGUCCCCGAACUAUUUUUAAUUUGUCCGUUUCACCCUGGAAACCCCCGUUUACAGACGCUUUUGUUUCUACCUAGCCAUAACAAGAAGGUAUACGCAGACUAUGCAGCUGCUUAGGGCCCCUGACCACUAGGGGGCCCCCAAUCUGUCAAUUGUUUAAUUUAUAUUCUAUUUUGUUUACUACAGUUUGCUUUAUUUGACUUUUGUGAGUUUUGAUACUUGAUUACAAGCUUUAAAAAAUAAAAGUUCUUAACUUUCUUUCCUCUUUUAGAAAAAGGUUUGGCGCUAUCUACUGUAAGUACUGACAAUCAUUUGGGGUGAGAAGUUUGAAGUAUGCAGUGCAACAAAAUCUGAUUAAUAUACAAAAUAUGGACGUAUGGGUUGGAUGUAUGUAUGGGUUUCACGGUACCCUGUGACGAAAUGGUGGGCCAAAAAUAUGGGCCCCUUUGCAUUAUUUUGCUUAGGGCCCCCAAAUGGCCUGGGCCGGCCCUGAAGGUAAGUAAUCGUAUUUAUUAUUCGAAAUGUCUUUUUUAGCUUAGAAUCAUUAAUUGAUGUCUAAUAUUGAGUAAAAAAAUGACUUUAAUUAAAAAUAUAUUCGAUCACAUAUUUUAAACUUUUUAACAAAUUACCUCACAAUGAAAAAAUUGGCGUCUGUAAAAAAGUCAGAUAUCGACCUCAUAACUACCGCUUAAUUGUAUUUUUUUCAUUACUGUCGCAUUUUCCCCAAUAAUUUAGAUGAUAAAUAAUCGAUCCAAACAAAGAAAAAUUGAAAAACAAUGUUUAAAAGGGUAAUAUAUAUGAAAAGGAAAAUCUAGACCACUCCUUGAUGUCUGCGAUUUCUGCAUCGCGACACUUGUUAUAUUACCAUGUUUCACCCAUAAUAUCCCCCCAAAAUCCGGCUGUGGCCAUUCACAGCUGUGUCUUGACACUCGGUGACACAUGCUACAUGGAGUUUUUGGAUCGAAAGAGUACGCGAUAAUUUCUCGUUAAAAUCGUGGCGUCUUUAAUUAUGUUCUCGCGUGCGCUCACCUCCAGUUAGGGUUUUGCUGUUUGAAAAAAAAAAAAUUUUAAUGGCCUCCUGUUUAAAAUUUUUCUUCCUCCGGAAAAUUGAGAUUUUAAGCUUUCCAAUGAUGUAACUCACAUGCAUAUAGGACAAUUUUGAAAUUUGGCCAAAUUGGAGGUCUCAGAGCGGAACUUCAAGUCGCCUGAGUGUUUUCCGCCAUAUAAAUAUUUAUCUAUAUUAAUAAGCAUUAUUAUAUUUUUUUAUAAUAUGAAUAAAUGAAUACAAGGUUAAUAAAAGCUAAAUUAAUGAGAUUACCGUGAGAAACAGAAAUACAAUUUCGUUACGGCCGUAAGUAACACUCUAUGUAGAUGGUUUUUUUUUCAUCAAGUAAGUUUAUUGCAUGCCAUUGACGGCGAUAGAUGUCCAUUUCAUUGAAACGGGUAGGACUGUUUUAUCUUUCAGUGCCACUGACGACGCUAGGAGCUCCCAGUCCAAAUGGAUUGGAUGUCUUGCGCCAUAAAUGAAAGCCAAUAAGUUAAAUGAAGAAGUUAAUAAUUCGUGUAUUAAAGGAUGACGCAAAGUUAUUUGAUGUUUGAUGUUUUGAUACGGAGACUUUUUCCGUUUUCCGAAGUUGGCCCCGCCCAAUGCGGGCGGUCACCUGCUGCCUUUCCGGUUGGUCAGAGUCAACAACAUCUGCCGCUCAUGGAUCUCAGAGACCUGCUUCGCUUCUCCCACUGCGGGCGGACGGUGUGGACGGCGGCCGACGCGGCUUCAGCGGGCCCACUGCGGUGCCCCGAAUGCGGCCGGACACCCAGUUUCCCCCUAGCGGAAGCUCCGGUGCGCGUGCGCGCGCCGGUAGUCGACGGACACCGCACGAGCUGCUGCUUCCUGGUCACGUCGCGGGAGGGCGCCGACGGCCUCAGUGAAGACAGAGACUGCGAGCUUCACGUGGGCAUCUCCAACUCGCAAGGCGUGGUGUUGAGUUACACAGAGUCGGGGGUGCUGCGCGAGCAGCAAGGCUGGCAACAGAGUGCGGCGGUCCCCCUGGUGGCCCCAGGCGAGAGCAUCCCUGAAUGGGACGAGCGGCUGGAGCGCUUCGCUGCUACGGACUCAUGGACGCCGAGCAGGUUCGAGGAGCAGCGCGAGUUUGGUUCCUGUUGCUACGGUUUUGCUCUGGGAUUCAUCAACCAGCUGUUGAUGUCACAGGGCAAGCGGCCAAUCAGCGGGGAGAAUUUCACCCGAGACCUGGUGCUCCCCCGGGUGCGGGCGGCCUCCGGCUAUCUGGCUGUAUUGCGUCACGUUCGUCGUCAUGGAUACUGGGCCUCCCCGAUCCCAACAUCCCUCGGGAUCCUCUCAGUGUCGGACCCUCGUGAGUCUGUCACCGUGGCGACUGGAGACGUGGCACCCUUCCUCCUCACGCUGGAGACUGGACACGACUGAAAUUUUAAUAGGGAGGGCAGGCAGCUAAUCCAUUUGAACUGGUAUGGGUUGGCUACUAGUCCAAAUAGUUUGAACGCCCGUGAUUGUCAAGAUUAGUUUGUCUGCAGUACUGUUGUCACAAUACUAGAAAUGUCAACUCUUCCCGUUUACCCAUUAACUAUCUUUUUUUUUUUUGACCAACAACAUUUUUGGAAUUGCCUCCUGCUGCAAAACCAACAAAAACUGACCCGGAAAUGACCCAAAAUCAACACAAAGUGAUCCAACAUGUACACGAAGUAAACCCAGAGUGCCCCAAAAUGUACCAAAAGUGAUUAAAAAUCAACAUGUAACCGAUAAUUACCCUAAAAUUUACGAGGAAGUGACCUAAAAUGAACGCACUUCAUCCCAGUGUUGGCGAUGGUGUCCAAUUCAUUUACGGUGAAUCACAAAAGUGAGUACACAACUCGCAUUUCUGCUGAUAUUUAUAUCUUUUCAUGGGACAACACUGACAAAAUGGCACUUUGACACAAUGAAAAGUAGUCUGUGUGUAGCUUAUAUAUUAAAUGUAUUUUCCCCUCAAAAUAACUCAAAAUAUAGUCAUUAAUAUCUAAACCCCUGGCAACAAAAGUGAGUACACCACAUGGGAAGUACUGUACGUACAUCCCUCAAUGUCCAAAUUGAGUACUGCUUGUCAUUUUCCCUCCGAAAUGUCAUGUGACUCGUUACAGGAGUGCUGUUAGCAUUGCUGCAGAGAUUGAAGAGGCGGGGGUGGGGGAGUGGGUCAUUCCCACCACCAUGCAUGACACACGUAUCUUUGUACUCCUCACCUGGUCGCCGCCACACAUGCUUGAGACCAUUGGAACCAACCAAAUUCAUCUUGGUCUCAUCAGACCAUAGGACAUGGUUCCAGUAAUCCAUGUGCUUUGUUGACACGUCUUCAGCAAGCUGUUUGUGGGCUUUCUUGAGUACCGUCUUCAGAAGAGGCUUCCUCCAAGGGUGACAGCCAUGCACACCAAUUUGAUGUAGAGUACGGUGUAUGGUCUGAGCACUAACAGGCUGACCCUCACCUCUUCAAUCUCUGCAACAAUGUUGC